AUGAGUGCUUCAAUUGAAUGGACACAUGGGGCUAUUGAAAAAUUGAUAGACCUAUAUCGCCAAAAACCGGAAUUGUGGGAUCCCAAAGAUAAAACAUAUCACAUUAAAACUAAAAAGCAUGAUGCUUGGACCAACAUUUCUUUGGACAUGGGAAUCGAUGUUGAUGCUGUUAAAUCUAAAAUUACUUCAUUAUUGUCUUCAUAUAGAAGAGAAAAAGGGAAAAUGAAAAAAUCGACCGGCACUGGAAAAGGUAGGAGUAAAUAGCUAGCUUUAAUACUCUCUAUGCUGUGCUCUCUAUACUAAAGACGCACACUAUAUCUUGUAAACACUUUUAGGGCGGGAAGAUAUUUACAUCUCAAAUUGGUUUGCAUUCAAGUUUUUUCAUUUUUUUACCCACAUCAGCGAAAAUAA